UGAUUACACCGCGACACUCAAACACGUACUCAGAUAACCGCGCCCAUUGCAGUUGACGGUUUCCGCUUACAUUUCCUUCAAUAUCACGCGAUUCCCGCAAUUGGCGUUAACACAAAACGUCCUUUCUCAGUAUCAAAGAAGCUCCGAGCGUUAAAUUUCUCCGUAAAACCAAAUCAGAUUUUUCUUUAAAAAAAAAUUAACGCUUUACAUUUUCUUCAAUAUUUCCGCAAUUGGCGUUGAUAUAUAAAGCAUUUCUUCCUAAUAUUAAAGAAGCUCUGAGCGAAAUUUCUCCGCAAUAACAAAUCAGAUUUUCCUUCAUUAAAAAAAAUAACAGAUUUACAUUUUACAUUUUUAAUAUCACGUGAUUCCCAAUUCAAAGAAGCUUCGAGCGUUAAAUUUCUUCGCAAAAGCAAAAUCGAAUUUUUCCCUUUUAGAGAAAAAAAAUGUGUUAGAAUUUUCACGUCGAAUAAUUCUUGCGUUGGCCAAAAGUUCGCCACAAAUUUAAAAAGUUAAUGGCAAUAAAACCACCCUUAGUGCGGCCCUAGUUUCCCAGCACCUAUUCGUAGGGCCUCCCAACAGUUCCUACCAGUUCCUACGAAUAGUAUGUAAGUCCGCAACCAAUAUGUUCUCCCUUCCCUGAUUCCUCUAUCCCGCCCUCGCCCUUCGGUGGAGCUGCCCCGCGCCGGGCCGGGCGUGCAGGCCAUGUCCGGUGGUUGUCGUUGUCCGGGUCCGCACGCCGUGCAAGAUAUUGGCCGAUGGAAUGGACGGGCGGCCCGGCCGCCAGCGGUAAGCGGCGCCUGUGGUAGCCGGGUAAGGCGGUAUGCUUUGAUUGCUUUGUUGCUCGGGUACGGUUUUACUCAUUUCUUACUGACAAGUUUAGUCAACUACUCGAUGAGGACAGCCCUAGACCUAGCCUCCUAGACAGCCCCGACUGUUUUCAGGUUUCCACGUGCCGGGAUUGGAAAUUGUCCCUCCCUUCCCCGUUUCCCGCGUCGCGCUCCCUAUCUCUCUUUCUCUCUCGCUCUCUCUCUCUCUCCCUCCCCUUUCCCUUUGUUCCGAACGCGAGAUUCGGCGGCGACGGCGUCCCGGCCUCCCGGCACUUCUUUUCGGAUUGCUCCCCGCGCGUCAGUCACGAUCGUUGCUUCGCGGCACGUCAAAUCGAGUCGAGACCGAGACACGGGCCUCGUUGUUCCGACACUUCCGACCAGCUGAGUGAGGAACUGCGAAUGGAACCGGAUCUUCGUAGAUAACGGGUAGCCGCGGGUAGACCUGGAAGACCGGGGUGACGGAACACGCCGGUACCUUUGGGGGAGUUCCGACGUUUUCCAGCGAGGGCGAUCACCGAAUCGCGAAAGGAGGAGGAGAGGAGCGGCGACGACGCGCGGCUCAGCGAUUUUUGCGCAAGCAGACGUUGCGCCCGAGGAAAAUGAUGGAACUGGAUCGAAUCGGACACAAGGAUUGGGACAAGAAGAAGCCAUAUGACGUACCGACUUUGACCGCGAAAUCAACGGUGCCUGACGAUGUGGACUACACGGAUUAUCGAUUUGAGAGCGCGAGGUUGGAUUCCUUCGGCGAUUGGCCCGUGCCGUUCGUCGAUCCCAAGAAGCUGGCGGCCGCUGGCUUUUUCUAUACCAAACAGAACGAUGCGGUAAAGUGCUUUAUGUGCUCGAUCGUCCUGUCCGGAUGGGUAGACGGCGACGACCCAAUGGCGGAACACCAACGUUGGUCCGGAAGAUGCCGAUUCGUCCGUAGUCUCCCUUGCGGAAAUGUGCCAAUCGAUGCCGAUCCCAGCACGAUCCCCAAAAUGCCCAAAUGUUUAGACACCUGCGGGCUUUACGGCGUCAAGUAUAUGCCUUAUUCUAGUUCAGACACCGAUCCGUCGACGGAGGAAACCAUGAAGCCCGAGAUCAACGAGGACAUCGAAAUCACCGUCUUCUGGGAUUCCACCACGAACGCGAAUUUCACGGCCAAGCUCGGCGACGUGUUAGGUUCGAAGCAGCCCACAUACGCUUCCUACGAGCGGAGAUUACACUCCUUCGCCACGUGGCCCGAUACGGUGUGCCAAAGAAAAGAGGACCUGGCGGCCGCCGGUUUCUUCUACCUCAGCGGCCUUUACGAACACUCCGAUGAAACGAUGUGUUUCUACUGCGGGGGAUGCUUGAAGAACUGGGAACCGACUGACAAUCCUGUGGAGGAGCACGUCAAGUGGUUUCCCGAAUGCAGGUUUAUCAAAAAGGUAAUAGCGGAGAAACAGUUGAAGAAGAAAGACGACUCGUGCACAUCAUCCACGGAACAGACGGACCACGACACCUGCAUCGAGAUUGAGAAAGGGACGACUGUAACGUGCGAUUACAUUUGUUAGUGUUUGAAACGAUAAGCAAACCAUUCUCUUUUUAAAUCCGACUGAAACAAAUAAUAAGACUGUAUUACAAUAGCAGAGAAGCAUGGCGCGUAUCUACCAUGCGAUUAUUUCGCCGUAUGUACAGAUAGUGACCUCACGCAUGCGAAAUUUUGUACGUCCGCGUGUUAGACAAUAUGUUCGAGAGCCAUGUUGUUUUAUCAGUCUCUAUCGUAAUAAAAGAUCCGUUUUUUGUUGAACUGGCUGCGCUAGGCUCAGAGUUUAUCUUUUUCCUUCCAAUGUGAAGUAAAAAAGAAAAUAACGUCUGAACUAGUGCAGCCAGUUCAGCGAUAGAAAAUCGAUUCAAAGAUACAUUUAGGCGUGUACAGUUGUUCGGUAUGCAUGAGAGCGGUUCACAACGAUCUAAUUUAAUAAUUGACGCGAAUGACAUGACUCAUUAACGCAUCAAUUUGAUAUAUUUACACAUUGUAACAUGGACGAAACUUUCGUUGUAAUUUUUAACGUAAUAAAUGUGCACUUAAGUUUAUUUAAGUACUUAUUCAAAUCAUCGUGAGGUAUGUGUGAUAAAUUUUAUCGGUCGACUAUAUUAUCAAUUGCUGAUCAGUAUUAUAGCGAAUAGUGUUAUAUAAUGUAUAGUGCAAACAUAAUACCUCAUAGUGUAUCAUAUUACAAAUUAAUUGCACUAUUAUGAAAAAUUGACGCGGAUUAUCAAAAUAUAAAUUUUAUAAAGAAGGAAUGUAAUUGAACGUUUUUAAAUUUAUAUUAUCUCGACCUUUCAGUCAAUAUCAUUUUUUACUUGCAUAGAUUACGCAUUGACAGAUUUAUUUACGAUUAGAUAGCUGAUUUAUAAUUACCACGUAUUAUUUGUGAAACGCAACCUAUUUAUUUUCCUUCUCGAAAAAGAUGAGAAUAAAAAUAAGUUGAAGAUCGAAUUAAAGAUAACGGUUUCGAGAUAUAAAUAAGAGGCAAAUAUAAGAUCAAGAUAGGAAUUAAAAUAGCAAUGUUUAUCUAGACCGUCAUUUACCUUUCAGUUAAUUCAUGAAAUAGCACGAGCGAGUAUUUAGAAUUCCUUCAAGAAAAUCCAAAGCACGCAUUCUGUUAGAAAUGCAUAAGGAAUGGUAGUUAUACGUUGUAUAUAUAUAUAUAUAUACAUAUAUAAGAAUCGCUAUAAGAAACGGCAGUUGUACGUAAUUUUAUCGUAUAUUUUAAGAUCGAUAUGUGAAUGAGUGAUUACGAUUGUGAACUCUACGAUAAACGCAAGCAGAUAACGUAAUUGUUCGAUGGAUUGUCAAUUAUUAAAUCGUACGAAACGAAUAUAUUAUAGAGACUUUUUAGUGUAUACUGCUCCAAAAGGUUUUCUUUCUCGAUUAACAUACGAUUCUGAGUCUUCAUUCCGGAGACGAAAGAUUUAUAAAAAUAUAUUGCAGAAACGAACGCGCUUAACUACGCCUUAAUUUAGUGCGAGUCACACCAGGAUCGAAAUAGGAUAAUUUAUGCCCGUACGACAUACCACAGUGUAUGAUGUCAUCGUUUGUUAAUGCAACGUAACGCCGUGAUGAUACAUCGCGCAUUAACUUUGCGCUGAAUUUUGUAAACAGAUACAAGUAUACUAGUCAUAAUACAUUCACAGUAUAGAUACAAUUAUACAGAUAUUGCAUUUAAUACGCAGAAGUAUGACAAAUAAUGACGUAAAAGAUUGCAUCAUUUCCUGUGUAGCAAACCGAAAUAAAAUACAUUGUUGCUCCAUGA